CGGACGCUUCCAUCUUCUGAAAGCUUACACUCCAAAGCUUGUUGCUCAGCACAAAAGGAGCUUUGCGGUGCCCAGGGAAGGAUGCCUAUGGAGGUGGUGGUGGAGCUCCAAAUCCGGGAGAUUUCUUGCCCGGGAGUGUUCCUGCCGGACAAGGAAGUUGUUUACCUUGGAGUCUACCUUCUGAAUCAGUACCUGGAGACAGACUGCUUUCCCUCUGUGUUCCCUAUUGUGAUACAACAGAGCAUGAGAUUUGAAAAGGUAUUUGAAGAGGCAAUAGAUCCCGGAGCUGUUGCAGAACUUUUAGAAAGCUUCCUAACCAGGUUUGAAUUAGUACAGCUAGUGUCUCCAGCAUGGGAAGAGUUGGCCUACUAUGAAAAAAACACCCGCGAUUUCCUAUUCCCUGAGCCCAAGCUGACAUCCUCGCACCUUGGCAUGCAGAGGGAGAUACUCAUGAGGACGGCUCUUUGGUUUCCAGGCAUUGCUCCCAAACUAGAGUUUUCUACAAGGACAGCCAUCCUAGAAUGUGUGUUCCCGUGUAAAAACAGAUUUUUUUCUGAUGAAAGGUGUACAUUGCAAAGGUCUUUCUCACAUGGACAAAGAGUCCAGGCAAAUAACAGGAAAAAGAAGCCAAAGGAGAAAAAUUCUGACCAACUCCCCAAAGGCACAGAGUCCCAGGAACCCUCCCCUCAACGCCUCCAUCUCCAUCGGCCGACUCAGCGGAACCAUGGAAAAAGCUUCAAGUUCCCAGGAGAAAGGAAGCCUCCGUUUGUGGUUAGACAUGUGGACAGUGGAAACCCCUUUGGUGAAAAUAAUUUGGAGGACCGUUCACAGAAGUCCAGAAGAAAACCUAAGUUUAUAAACUUGGAUCUUUCAAAGAAAAGAGCAUCGUCUCUUGACAGCCUGGAGGCAAACAUAAAGGUUAUCAGAGAGCCAGAUGAGCGGAUCGUCUUAAAGAGUCAGCCAUCGCCACCAUUAGAGUCAAGUGAGCCCAGAAAGCCCUUGCUCAGUCACCAAGGGGAUGUCGAUUUCCAUCCCGAAACUUCAGUUACCACCUCCCAGAUCACCAGACCUUCUAGUCAUCCGGAUCCGCCUCUUCUCCAAGAAAGGUUCCAGCCUUCUUCUCAGUCCACGUGGCAGAAGAUCCAUGAAAGGGAAGACUUUAUCUCUGAAACAAAUUCUAUCCAUGAAAGACCAAGCUACCCUCUGAAGAAACACUUACUGCGUGAGCAGAGAUAUUUUUAACUACUAUCUCAUCGCCAACUACUCGCCUUUUCCUCAAUGCCACAUGUAGAUGAAUUUCACAGGGGAGCAUGAAUGAAGGAUGAAGAGUUCACUCAUCAAGACACUGACACGAGAACAGCAUCUGCUGUUGUCUGGGUUGACUUACUGGUGCCUAGCCCUUGUUAAUUCAAACCUUAUACUCGGUCUUUUGUGCCCAAGGUAAGAAUUGUUGAUUAAAUUCUGUCUGGGGCUCUAAUUUGCUUGUCACCUGGAGAAUUUGUGUCUUCCGUUGUGUUUAUUUUGAGCAUGAAAAAUAGAAAAAACAUAAUAGAAGUAUAUCAGGGGCUUUUCCAUUUGCAAAUCAUUUUUAAAAAUUGUAACAAACAUUAAAAAUUAAAAAAAUUGUAACAAAAAUGUUUUAUGUGAGACAGGGAGAUUGAUUAUUUUGGGAGAUAACCUGAUAAGUCAACUGGGGAAAGGACCAUCAACUUGGCUUUUUCUUUUUGAUAAAUCUGAUUUUGUGUUUAAUCUUUCAUGUUAAGCUCAAAUGGCAUCAAGUCCCUUAUUAAAUCCCAAGAAAAAGAGUAUUAUCAUCUGAAGAGUUCAGAUCUCAUUUUAACACUUAAUUUUCUAAGAUGAAUUUGCAGGAGGGAUUAAUUUCUGUAGUU